CGGGGCAGUACUACGCGUUGUCUUCUCUUUCGCCGGUUUUGCCUCUCUUCAGUUGACCUCCCGCCAUAAUGUCCUCCAAAUACGCAUUCGCCAAGGGCCUGAAGGAGCUGCGCUUCCUUUUCUGUCAGACCUCUGAGCAGAGCACCGGUGUUCGCUCGUUCCUGAACCGCGCCUACCCGACCAUGAAGAAGCACAACCCGCACACCCCGAUCCUCAUGCGAGAGGCCGGCGGCACCCUGCCCAGGGUGUAUGCCAGAUACGCACUUGGACAAGAGAAGCAGGAGGCAUUGCUCGGCCUGACGGACCAGCAGAUCGAAGAGAAAGUCACCCAGCUUGUGAAGGCGUCUUCAUAGCGCCCUACCUAGAUUGUUUCAUGUUCAUGCACCAUUGUCCACCACUGUAUCUAUAGAUGAAUGGAGAAGAAAAUUCUUACUACCGGCAUC